AGGCAUUGAUUACCAUUUUGUGAAAGAACCAGAACAGACUCCGUCGCUGCUCCAGUAAUUACAAGUGCUUCAUUCGUUAUACUACCUCAGAGCACGGCGAGGUUCCCCACCUCGAAUCUGGAGUGGACAUUGCUUGGUCAUGAGGCGGCACACUCACGAUUACCAACACCAACACCAUCAAAGGGCGGGUCGACCAAAGAAACUAAUUUCUAUAUAUCGAUUACACCCAGCGAGAUUAGCCUGUCUGAUAGCGACCGUUGUCUGCGUCUCGUUCUCCUUCGUUUMCUUGAAAACGAUAACAUCACCGCUAACAUCUAACGACGACAACAGCAGCAGCAAUAGGAAGCACGUUUUCCCAUUCCAUAAAGGUGCAAACGACAAAGCUCAUCGAUUAGCUAUCAUUAUUCCAUUCAUUGGCGAAGGACCAGAGGCAAUCCCAUCCUAUCUCCAGAUCUUUUGCGACACGGCGGCUGGGUCGGCCGGUCUCGUGGACUUUCUGAUUAUCCACGAUGGUGUUUUGGGGGAAGGAUCUUCAGCUUCCUCUUUUUCUUGCCCGGACAAUGUCAUAUUCCAUUCCCUGGAAACCAUGGAAGAAUUUUCUCGCGCCUUGGUAAAAGUCACGGACGGCAUACCCGAGGACGAACUGGAACUGGGUGGAUCAAAAGAAAAACUCGCGGGGAUCCUGACCAAAUUGAUUCGAAAGUAUCCAUACGUAAUGGUAGAAUUCAAACCGGCGCUGGGACACGUAUUCGAAGAGUUUCUGGAAGGAUAUUCGCACUGGGGAUACUCGGACUUGGAUAUUUUGUUUGGAGAUUUGGAGCGGUGGAUCACGCCCGACGAACUUAAUGAUUUCGAUAUCGUCACGUAUGGAUUUGGCGACCAAGACAAGGUAUAUCUCAGAGGGCAGUUUACGUUUCACCGAAACGAUCCGGAAAGAAUUAAUCAGCUGUGGCGAAAAUGCGACUACCUAUCUCAUAUGGACACGCGUUUCGCAAACUUCCUGUCGGGCAAGGAAAAAUUGAGUUUGGAAUCCGCCGAAGGAUGCUAUUCGGAAGCGAUUCUUAACACCGACGACAUCAAGGUAAAAUACGCUGUCAAGGCCUUUACGGACGUGCAAACGAAAGACACCGCAUACACACACGGCGUAUACGUGACUACGGGGACGAAAAAGGACAAAACCGUUAUUUACAAAGCUGGAAGUGAUCACCCAGAAGAAUUGUUGACUCUGCCGAGGAAUUGGUUCGAGAAAAAGGGAUCUCUCUAUGCAAAUUCCAACGAAAUGCUGUACAGACCUGUGGGGAAACGGAUUCCAUUAUCACCGACAGUCCAAAAGGAAGACGUCAAGUGCAUGCACUGGGUCAAAUCAAAAUAUCAGUCAAAGCUAUGCAUCGACAACAUUGAUUCGAACGAUACCCUUUAUUGGAUCCACGGACAACUCUACAAGGAAAAAUUCGAAAUAGCGAAGAUGCCCGGAAACAUUAUGACGGCUCCCUUCUUUCAUUUUCAGGAAUGGAAACGUUACUACCGUAAGGCACAACUCGGUGGAUUUCAGCGGAAUGGACCUUUCACGGGCUUUGUUUUGACCAAGGAAGGAAUAGUGCCAAUCUAUUCUACUAAGACGGACAACAAAAAUCGCAAGCAAUUGAACAAGGCCGUGGCAAAUACUUCCCCUCUCGGUCACUCCCUCUUUCAGUGGCAAGAUGCCAGACGCAAAGACCUUCCUCGGCGCUUGUACUGCUUGCAAUCUGCCCCAAGAAAAAAUCCAUCCACCACAAAAUGCAAAUUCAUGACUUCAUGGUGGGACUCGGAUAACGUGGAGAUCCUUUCGUGGGCCCCGGCGUGGUCUACGGUGGAUAUUGAUUCAGAAGUCACGAUGGCCAUAACGCUACAACUUCAUGCCGAUCAAGUGCACGAUGCAUCUGCAAUGCAGGGUUUCUACCGGAUUUUAGAGCUCUACCUCAACCACUGGCAAGGUCAACCGACCGUGAUUGUGGUUCACGUAGCCGGAGCGACUCCUGACUUCAUUGCUACGAUGAAGACGAAACUUGGACCCGAGUCGGACUUGACCAACUUUGGGAUGGAUACCGUUCUGGUUGGUGCCAUUUUUAGUGAAAAUCUGGACACUUUCAGUCGAAAAGCCUUGAUGAACAUGGCGAUUGAUGCGUCCCCGACAAGAUUUGUGACGAGUGGCUACGAACUAGAAAGAGGCAUUGUCCCGUCACGAGAAACUGUGUAUCUAGUCCAUCGAACAGCUCAAGUCCACAAGGAUUCUCAGGGAGCUGUUUAUGCCAUUCCCCAGUUUGGUCUCGUGAAGGGAGAUCACGACUUCACCGCGAAAUCAUUGGAAGAGGCACGUUCGGAUGGAAACCUCGACUCGGUAUCUAAGUUGGAAGAUAGCGAGUGCGUAAACGAUAUUCCUACUCGAGAAACGGAGGGGGGCGAGCCGUUCGAAAUGAUCGAACAGCUUUGGUGGCAACUGAUGCAGCAGCACGAUGAGGACGAGAGAUCUCAGAACGAGAUAACUAUCGAGGACCAUGCGCUAGCCCUCGAAAAAAUUCAGUCAAGACUUACAGGCCUUCUCACAGAGAAAGAACAUUACAAUCUUUACACUCAGGAUACGUCGCCCAUCCUUCUGUUUGAUAAUCUUGGUCCCCGCGCGGGGAUGAUCACGUCAGACAUGGUGAGGGAGAUCGAUGAGUUCGGCGGGAAAAUGUGCUAUAAUACUAUGCGCUUCUCGCAAAUGGCAACACUUGGGUAUCAAGUCAAUGUUUUGACCGGUGCCUUUGCGAUAUCGAUACCUGCAUUGCGAAAUGCAAUAGGCGAUCCUAGCAGAGGCCCGAAUGGUGUGUCCCGCUGUGACGGGUGUUUCUUUUUCACGAAAGAAAGAGAACACGAAGAUAUACUAGAGAAUAUAUCGCUAGAAGAAAGGCAAAGACCCGCCAAAAUCUCGAUUCUGUGGGAAGAAUCUAUCCAAUAAUCAUAAUGCAAGAAAAAGUAACAUUUCUU